AUGGCGGAGACCGGAGCACAAAAUCAACGAUUCAUCGAUGAUAUGGAGUUUGAUCUAGCAGGUUGCUUCACGAACCCUGUGCCACCACCACAGCCCCCUCCUUCAGCGCCUUCCCCUACUCCUCACCCUCUAGCCAAUCCAGCCAGUUGCUUCACGAACCCUGUGCCACCACCACCGCCCCCUCCUUCAGCGCCUUCCCCUACUCCUCACCCUCUAGCCAAUCCAGCCAGUGAGGAUGCACCCUCGGUAGACUACCAGGAUGAAGUUGAUAGAGAUAGUGGGAAGAAGAAAGUCCUAGCACUUAAGGCUAGCACAAGAGCUCAAGAUGCAAUUGAUAUCCCAAGUGAUGAGGAAGAUCAAGGGGAAGCUCUAAGUGAGAGUGAUGAUGUGGCUCUCAUUACCAAGCACGUAAAGAGAAUACUUGAAGCCAAAAGGAGAAGAGGCAACAAGGCUUUUGCAAGCAAGAAACCUUUAUCUAAAUCAAGAACAAGUAAGGACAAGAAGGAGGAAGUCACUUGCUACAAAUGUGGAAAGCAAGUUCAUAUUAAACUAGAUUGUCCUAAAUACUUGAAGAGGAAGAAGGAAGACAAAAAAAAAGAGCUUGGAAGCUACAUAGAGUGA